AUGCAUUUCUCAAUUCGCGUAGCGUUGCCUGCACUUUGUGCUUCGGUCGCUCAGGCGGCCAUUGCACCAAAGCCUGUCCCUCCUCCUUCAACAGCUGCUUCAACUGCAAGCUCUGGACAGUCAACAUUCCAGCAGCUAAUUGAUCAUAAGAACCCGAGCCUUGGGACAUUUCCCCAACGCUACUGGUGGAACUCGGCCUGGUGGGAUGGCGAGGGCUCACCAGUGGUCUUGUUCACACCCGGAGAAGAAGCGGCGGAUCAGUAUACGGGAUAUCUAACCAACAGGACUAUCACCGGUCUCUAUGCACAGGAAGUCAAGGGUGCAGUGGUCAUGAUUGAGCACCGUUACUGGGGAGACUCAUCGCCUUAUCUGGAGCUGACGACGGAAAAUCUGCAACAACUGACCUUGGAGAAUUCGAUUGCGGACCUUACAUACUUUGCAAAGAAUGUCAAGCUUCCUUUUGAUACUAACAGCAGCAGCAAUGCUCAAAAUGCGCCAUGGGUCUUGAGUGGAGGGUCUUAUAGUGGUGCUCUCGCAGCCUGGACCGAGUCUACCUCACCCGGAACAUUCUGGGCGUAUCAUGCGUCCAGCGCUCCCGUCGAGGCCAUUUCUGAUUAUUGGCAAUAUUUUACUCCUGUCCAGGAAGGAAUGCCCAAAAAUUGCAGCCGGGAUGUCAGCAGGGUUGUCGACUACAUUGACAAGGUCAACAAAUCUGGAUCCAAGAAGCAGGUCCAGCAACUUAAGGAGCUGUUUGGCCUCGGUGAUAUUGAACAUUUCGAUGACUUUGCUAGCGCCUUGGAGAAUGGACCCUGGCUAUGGCAGUCCAAUACCUUCUACACAGGCUACUCAGGAUUCUAUAAGUUCUGCGACUACGUUGAGAAUGUCGAGAACGGGACGAGCAAACUUCCCGGGGCAGGCGGGGUCGGCCUUCAAAAGGCGCUUCAAGGCUACGCGAGAUGGUUCAAGAAGGUUUACUUCCCUGGAUCAUGUGCGAACUAUGGUUAUUGGUCUGAUCCAUCGACCACUGCUUGCUUCAACACAUACAAUGCAUCCAGCCCUAUCUUCACGGAUGUUUCUGUGAACAACACCGUUGAUCGACAAUGGCAGUGGUUCCUUUGCAAUGAGCCUCUGUUCUACUGGCAAGAUGGCGCACCCUCUGGUGUUGACAGUCUUGUGUCUCGCACCGUCAACGCCGAAUACUGGCAGAGACAAUGCUCUCUUUACUUCCCCGAAGUAAAUGGCUUCACCUUUGGAAGUGCAAAGGGCAAGACUGAAGCUCAGGUUAACUCGUGGACCAAGGGUUGGUCUCUGACCGACACCACUCGACUCAUUUGGGCCAAUGGACAAUUUGAUCCCUGGAGAUCAUCCGGUGUCUCCUCCUCUUUCCGGCCUGGAGGCCCACUUGCGUCUCGGGAUUCCGCCCCGGUUAAUGUUAUUUCAGGAGGUUUCCACUGUUCGGAUCUGAUUGUGAAGAAUGGUGCUGCGAACGAGGGUGUCCAGAAGAUUAUUGAUGCUGAAGUAGCACAGAUCAAGACCUGGGUCGAGGAGUACUAUAAGAAAUGAGAGGAGAAAGGAGAAAAGCAACGGAAUGAUGUAUUGCAUCUUGUGGAACCCGCCAGCCCGAGAGUUAUAUAGCCUGAGAAACAAACACUUAGUGUUGACUUCCAUUUUUGCAAGCUCCAAAAUGCAUCAGAGAAAUUUUCAUGGUGAGGGUUCGUCCUAUCCAAGUCGGGCCGCCGAGGGCGUUUACGAGUUGUUUAGCGUUCACGAAGUAUCGGUGACUU